GCAUUCACUCACCAAAACUCCCAAGUCUCAUUCUACGCAUUGAAGUGGUUACCUUCUCGAUCUAUCUCCAUAUGAACGCCUUAGAGAGCUCCAGCUCCGAUCACGACCCCCCUGCCGGCGCCGGCGCCGGCGGAGGCUCCGGCAGGGGGAGAGAGCUCGUUUACUCUGGCUGGGUUUAUCAUCUUGGAGUCAAUUCUAUUGGCUAUGAGUAUUGUCAUCUCCGUUUCUUGGUUCUUCGAGGUGACUACGUCGCCAUGUACAAGCGCGAUCCCCAUGAUCAUCCGGGCAUCAAUCCAAUUAGAAAAGGAGUUAUCAGUCAUAAUCUUAUGGUGGAAGAACUAGGACGCAGGAAGGUUAAUGAUGGGGAUGUUUAUGUACUAAGGUUGUACAACAGGUUAGAUGAGACUAAGAAAGGAGAAAUUGCUUGUGCUAGUGCUGGAGAAGCGCGCAAAUGGAUUGAGGCAUUUGAUCAGGCGAAGCAACAGGCUGAGAGUGAUCUUUUAAGGGGCAAUAGUCGACAUAGACUGAACACUGAGACUGAGCUUAACCUUGAAGGACAUCGACCUCGGGUGAGGCGUUAUGCGCAUGGUUUGAGGAAGCUGAUAAGAAUAGGAAAAGGUCCAGAGAUGCUUCUUCGCAAAUCUUCAGAAGUGAGGAGGAAUAUGCAAAGAAGCACAAAUUAUGAAGGUGAUGUUGGAGAUGCAAUUGAGGCUCAUGAAUGGAGAUGUAUUCACACUUUACAUGGAAAUAGAGUUUUUGAAGAUGUAUCUAAUACAAAGGCUGGCAAAGGUAUCCUUCUUAAAACGGUUGGUGUUAUUGAUGCAGAUGUAGACACCAUAUUUGAUUUAGUUCUCAGCCUUGACAAACAUAUGCGAUAUGAGUGGGACACAUUAACAGGUGACCUAGAAGUGGUUGAUUCAGUAGAUGGGCACUACGAUGUUGUUUAUGGAACAUUUGACCCGAAGCGGAAACAUUGGUGGCAUUCUAAGAAGGAUUUUGUCUUUUCUAGGCAGUGGUUUCGUGGGCAAGAUGGGGCAUACACUAUUUUACAGCUUCCAGUUGUCCACAAGAAACAGCCUCCAAGAUCUGGUUAUCAGCGUAUAAAAAUUAAUCCUUCAAUUUGGGAAAUAAGAAGGCUCAACUCAUCACUAUCUCCUAUAGAAAAAUCACUUGUGACACAAAUUUUAGAAAUCCAGUGUUCUAGCUGGGACAAGUGGAAAAGGCAUUACAAUGCAGAUUUUGGAAGAAGUAUUCCCAAUGCUUUAUUGUGCCAAGUAGCAGGAUUGAGAGAAUUUUUCAGAGCAAAUCCUUCAUUGACAUUUGAUGCGCCAUCAACCAGUGCGUCUCCCAGUUCUUCUGAUGCUGCAAAUGUCCAUACUGGAUUUGAGGAUUCUGAAGUACAUGAUGAGUUCUAUGAUGCAAUUGCUAAUGAUAACUCUUUGGAAGAUGAAGAUAGUGAUGAUGAUAUUGAGCCCCCUAAGGCUGGAAAAGUCAGGUUAAAGAACGUUUCAUGGGCCAUUGCAAGCUUGGCCUUAAAGAGAAGUCCAGCUUCUGCUUCUGUAGAGAAUGCUGAGUUCGAGGCAAACGUGCCCCCUAUCAGCAUCAAUCUGAGACAGUUUCAUGGUUCCUUACACCUGGGAAAAGGUGAAACUGAUUCUAACUGUUGGUCUUCUCCUAGUGGACAAGGUUUUAUGAUAAGAGGAAAGAAUUAUCUGAAGGAUUCCUCUAAGGUUGUAGGAGGCGAUCCCCUUUUGAAGCUCAUAGCAGUUGAUUGGUUCAAGGCUGAAAAUAGCAUCGAGAAGGUUGCAUUGCAUCCAAAUUGUCUUGUACAGUCAGAGGCAGGGAGGAAGCUCCCAUUUAUUCUGGUCAUAAAUUUGGAGAUCCCCGCAAAACCAAACUACAGUUUGGUUCUCUAUUAUGGCGCUGAAAGGCCUAUAAAAAAGGAAUCCUUGUUGGGUAGAUUUAUAGAUGGGGCCGAUGUUUUCCGUGAUGCAAGAUUCAAACUUAUACCAAGCAUUAUAGAGGGUUAUUGGAUGGUUAAGCGAGCAGUUGGCACUAAAGCCUGCCUCUUGGGGAGAGCUGUGACAUGCAGAUACCUCCGCCAAGAUAACUUCCUGGAGAUUGAUGUGGACAUUGGCUCUUCAUCAGUUGCAAGAAGUAUCAUGGGUCUAGUUCUUGGCUAUAUUACAAGCAUUGUUGUGGAUCUCGCUAUCUUGGUUGAGGCUAAGGAAGAGGAUGAACUGCCAGAGUAUAUCCUCGGGACCGUUCGAUUAAACCGUGUGAGGCUUGAUGCUGCCGUACCAUUUUCAUGAAGUUUUAUUCUGCAUUGAGGUCAUUUUAUACAACACCAAAUUGUAUCGUUAAAAUCCUAUUUGAAUUCGUAUAGACUAAAAUGUAUGUGAGUAAUGCACAUUUUUAUGCCCAUUGUUUCGACUCAGAUUUUUUAUUAAAGAGGAUAAAAUACUUGUCUUGAUUUGA